GGUGCACGAUAAUUGUUUUUCUUUCGUAUUUUGGCUUGCCGGCAGUAGAACUAAGCUGUAAACUGUAAAUAAUAUUAAUUGCACUACAAGUGUUCAAGUGUAAGCAAGGAUGUCUGCCUCCACGACUACCACAUCGAGCCCCACGGACAGCUCUAAUGGCUCACUGGCAAUUUCGUAUGGUGCUGUGCCCGUUGUGCCCGGCCCAAAUACCCAGAAGCCCUUUACGCUCUCCGAACGUCUAAGUUUCGGGAUAUACCGUUACUCCAGCUAUUCGCCAAACUAUUUGCCUGAAAACGUACUCGUCGAUUGCCCAAACGAUCAAACCUCUCGCUGGUCCGCCUAUACGAACAGCCCACCACAGUUUCUCACAUUGAAACUCCGAAGACCCGCCAUUGUGCAGAAGAUCAAGUUUGGUAAAUUUGAGAAAUCGCACGUAUGCAAUAUCAAGAAAUUUCGUGUUUAUGGUGGAUUGGAAGAUGAGCACAUGGUGCUGCUGCUCGAAGCUGGUCUUAAAAACGAUAAUGUACCUGAAGUAUUCAAACUGCGCUGCAUGACUGAGGAUGGCGCUGAGAAUCUGCCCAUACUCUACCUGAAAAUCGUGCCAUUGUUGUCUUGGGGACCAUCCUUCAAUUUCAGCAUCUGGUAUAUUGAGCUCCAUGGCCAGGACGAUCCCAUGUACACAUGUGCGCGCAUGAAGAACUACAAUACGCUGCGCGAAACUGAGAUUAUUAAACUGUGCCUGAAGCACUUCCGUCAGCAGGGUUAUAUGGAGGCCUUUGGGGCGUUGCAGGAGCAGACAAAUGUGCGACUGGAGCAUCCACUCAUUAGUGAAUUACACAAAUACUUGGUGGUGCAAGGUGACUUUGAGCGUGCGGAGCGUUUUAUUGCGGAAUGCAUUGAUGAGGGCCUAAUGGAUGAGUAUUUGAACAAGCAGGACUAUAAGCACACCUGGCAUAUGAAAUACACUGAAAGCGAGAUAAAACCUGGUAACCGUGGUGGCCAUCAACUGGUGGUCGAUGCCAAAAAACGUCUUAUCUAUUUAUAUGGUGGUUGGGAUGGCUACCAAGAUCUCAGCGACUUGUGGGUAUACAACAUAGAACUUGACGAAUGGACCCUGCUCUGCGAGCGUUCCGAGUCGUCUAAUGGACCAACUCCGCGUUCCUGUCACAAAAUUAUCUUUGAUCCAAUCAGUGAGAAUAUUUUUAUGCUCGGCCGCUAUUUGGACAACUCAAUACGUACCAGCGACUACAUCAAGAGUGACUUUUACUUGUACGACACACGUGCCCGCACCUGGAUGCAAAUUUGUGAUGAUACCAGCCAAGUGGGUGGACCACAGCUUGUGUACGAUCACCAGAUGUGCAUCGAUGCCGACAAGCGGACAAUUUAUGUGUUCGGUGGCAAAAUUUUGACGCCGCGCAGCCCCACGUCAUCGACUGAACCAGAAUACUCUGGUCUAUUUUCGUAUCAUAUUGCGACAAACACCUGGACGCAGAUACUCGUAGACUGUCAUCAUGCGAGCGCUUCUCAGGCGGAUGUUAUGUCGAUUAAGUCGCGCAUAACCCAUUGCAUGGUGUUUCAUAAUAAACAACGAAAGCUUUACAUUUACGGGGGUCAGCGUGGAAAAGAGGAUCUCGAUGAGCUACUUACUUACGAUGUGGAUUCGCAGGCCAUUUCACUGAUGAACAAGGAGAAUUCAUAUCUCGGGAACACAGCCAGCACGGAGGCAAAAUUUGAGCCAUCAUCGGGUUACACGCUCCGCGCUACCAUUGAUUGUGAUCGCGAUGAAAUAUAUGUAUUCUCAAGCCUGAACAAGGUAAAGGACAGACGCGACGUUCAUCAUGGAGAUGCUUCAAAUUCAUUUUGGGUCUAUUCAUUGCGCACCCAUAAAUGGUCACGCAUCUAUUACUGCCGGCAUAACGCACAGGAUGUGAACUCCAUUAAUAAGGCCAACUUUUUGGGUGCCAGCAAAGGCGAUGGUGUACUGGAGCCAUGCCCACGAUAUGCCCAUCAGUUAGUCUACGAUGAACUGGCCAAGACCCAUUAUCUCUUUGGUGGCAAUCCAGGCAUAUUCCAGUACCAGCAACUGCGCUUGGAUGACUUCUGGCUGCUACAAUUGGAAAAGCCCAAACGCGAGGAGGUGUUGAAGCAUUGCCGCUUUUUGGUGCGUAAGCUGCGCUAUGAGGAAAUGGCACGCUCAGAUCCAUUGAAGGCGAUGGAGUAUUUGAGACAUAACAUUUCUGACGUUAUAGAUCACACCGAUUCGGAUCAAGUGAAUAACUUCCAUAAGUUAGCUUCCCUUCUCUUCAAGUCACACGACAAGGGCCAAGACUCUGCGCAGAGUCCCAGUGCUACGCCUGAGUUGUGCGCUGAAAGUGAAAGAUUCGGUACAGGAACAUCUGCGACUACCAAGGUUGAAAUUAAAGAAAACGUUGGGCUAGGUGCUGCUGAAAACAUCUCGCUGGAGUCAAAUGAGAGCUUGGCAACUUCCGGCAUAUCAGAGACUGCAUCUAGUCCCAGCGGAUCGUCGUGCACCAAACGUGCGCGCACCGAAGCCACGUGUGAGCUUCAAAACCGUCGCGCAUAUCUCUUCAACAAGUUGGUGCAGCUUAUGCCUGCGAGCAUGGUGCAACCGGAGCGUAACCUAAGCGACUUUGUAGUCAUCUAAAAAUGCAGCGACUUUGCAAUCAGUGCCAAAAUUACAUACAGGCGAACCAAUAUUUUUUUUAGCUAUUGAAUUUUUUAUGUUUAUUAUUUUAUUUGAGUUGUUGUCUCGAACUCUGAAUGUGCAUGUGAUACUUAAAUCGUGUUUAACUUUCGUUUUGUUUUCAAAUGUUAAGUUUUUUGGCCACUGCUCAGCAAUGCCGUCUAUUUAAAUGAAUUGUCAAAAAAAAAAAGAAAAAGAAAAAACUUAUUUCAUUGUGAUAGUUAAUUUUUACAAUUUAAAAAGGAAAGGUUAUUACGUGUUAGUCGAGCUACAAGAAAUGUGAAAAGUGUUAAAUUUAAAUCUUAGCUUAGAUAUAAAACAUAAGUUUGAAAUAAACAAU